UUUCCCAUCAGAAAACCAACCAGGCACGGUAGCAUUCUCAGCAAGGACCCCCCCCCGGACAAGAAGCACAAGAGCGACAAAUCAACCGUCUCAGUGCAGGAGUUCGACCCUACAGACCACAUCCUCAGGAAGAGCAAAUCUUUUCUGGACACCAGUAAACCCGAGGCCUAUGGUUUGGUUCAGCGCUGUGUUAUAAUCCAGAGGGAUGACAAUGGCUUUGGGCUAACAGUCAGUGGAGACAACCCUGUCUUCGUGCAGUCUGUCAAAGAAGAUGGCGCUGCGAUGCGUGCCGGAGUGCAGACUGGGGACAGGAUAAUCAAGGUUAACGGCACCCUAGUGACUCAUUCAAACCAUGUAGAAGUUGUGAAGCUGAUUAAAUCCGGCUCCUAUGUGGCGCUGACAGUGCUGGGGCGCCCCCCGGGGUUACCCCACAUCCCGCUGUCAGAAUCCGAGAGUGAUGCAGGAGCCCUGACCUCUCCCACCUCCCCCGGACAGACCGCCGUCGACAGGGCGCCCAGCAUCACCGCCCCCCAGCCAGUAUGGCAAGAAAACAACAGUGUCCACAACCAGAAGGUGGACAUUCUGCAAAAGAUGUUAUCGAAAGAGGUGCAGGAUUUGCAGGCUAUGAAGGAGGAGUACAGCCGGAGCCCCACCCCAAAGCUACAGAAGGAGAUUCAGGAGGCCAAGAAGCACAUUCCACAGCUGCAAGAGCAGCUCAGCAAAGCUACCGGCGGGGCGCAGGACGGGGUUCAGUCCUCUCGUCCCCCCUCGGAGUCCCUGCAGAUCAGUGAAGUUGAGGACACCUCUGAUGGGGACCAGACCCUGUCCCCUCGCAUGGACGGCAGCGGGACGGACACACGGCCCAACAGUGGGGCGGUCGACGUUACAUCAAACCUUUCCUCCGUCUUCACGGACAGCCACUGCCAAAGAGAUACUCCCUCCCACAGCCCAAAGACUGCACCCAAGGAUGGAGUAAACUCCUUCGAAACGACCCUCACUGAAGACACCCCUGACCAGAACUCCCAUUCCCAGUCAAUUGUGGGCAGCCCCUCGCCCCGGCUUGGAACACAGAUCAUCGGGGCAGAGGAUGACUACUUCGAUACAGAGCAGGAACAGAUGAACGGUCAGUGCAGCUGCUUCCAGAGUAUGGAGUUGCUGAAGUCUCGUCCUGCACACCUGGCUGCUUUCCUCCAUCACGUCGUCUCACAGUUCGAUCCUGCGCCGCUGCUCUGCUACCUCUACGCUGACCUGUACAAGCAGACCAAUUCCAAAGAGACCCGGCGAAUCUUCAUGGACUUCAACACCUUCUUCAUGGACCGUGGGGCGAAUCUGAAGGUUGCUGUUCCAGAAGGGAUCUCCUCGGAGCUUGAGCGGAGGAGGCCGGAGUUCAUCCCAGAGGAACUGCAUCGCCAGUACGUCCAGCUCAUGCAGGACACCCUGCUAACAGACAUCCAGAAGAACCUGGAAGACUUCAGGCAGAAACGCAGCAUGGGGCUGACCCUGGCGGAGAGUGAGCUCACCAAGCUGGACACGGAGCGGCUCCGGGACCGUGUGGGGCUGGAGAGGGAGCGCUCCUGCGCAGAGCAGAUCCUCUCAAAGAUCGAGGAGGUUCUGUUAACGUCACAACCCACUGAAGAGGAGAAAUGCACCACCAUGCAGUACGUCAUCCUCUCCUACAUGAAGCACCUGGGGGUGAAGGUGAAGGAGCCUCGCAACCUGGAGCCCAAACGAGGGCGAAUGGGCUUCCUCCCCAAAAUCAAGAAGAGCAUAAAGAACGAGAAGGAGGGCGAGGAGAAGGUGAAGAAGCCGCGCUUUCCCAGCAUCCUCGGCCAGCCCCGCAGACCCAGUCGCAAUGACAGCAGCGCAAUUGGACGUGCCGUGGAGCUCCACAACAAGCGUCCGCAGAAGCAGUCCUCGCAAUCAGCCUUCAACAUCCCCGAGCACUCGGACCCCGGGCGAGGGCGGCCCAGCCUGUCCAGCGAGGGCUCGGAGCCGGCACACACCCCCUGCAUGAUGUCCUCCCCUCCUCCCAGCGCCCCCGACCCGGACACUGGCCAGUCCCCCUCCUCUGCCCCCCCACGGCCAGGGGAGGCUCUUCUGUCGGGGGACUCCGUGGAUCAGACGUCUCGGACCCCCACCAACCACUUUGAGUUCCCCAGCUCCCCCCUGGAGUACCUGCCAGAGGAGGACCAUGAGAUUGACAGAGCCUACGAGGGGGGAACACCCAGGCCAGUCAGAAGGAUGGACACGCUGGGCUUCAUCGAGGUGCAGAGUGAGGACGAUCAGAGCUCCGAGCUGGAGGCAGACCCCCCAAACUGGCAGCAGCUGGUGAGCCGGGACGUGCUGGCCGGACUGACGCCCCACGAGAUCAAGAGACAGGAGGUCAUCAACGAGCUGUUCUACACGGAGCGCGCUCACAUCCGGACGCUUCGGGUGCUGGACCAGGUGUUUUAUCAGAAGCUGCUUUCCCGCGACGGGAUCCUCCCCCCGGCCGAGAUCAAACACAUCUUCAGCAACCUGGAGGAGAUCCUGCAGCUGCACGCUUCUAUAAUCGAGCAGGUGGCGACAAUCCGAAAAAAGAACGAAACCUCAGUGAUCGACCAGAUAGGAGACGACCUGCUGUCAUGGUUCAGUGGCAGCGAGGAGGAGAAGAUCAAGCGAGCGGCCGGCACCUUCUGCAGCAACCAGCCCUUCGCCCUGGAGCUCAUCAAGACACGGCAAAAGAAGGACAACCGAUUCCUCACCUUCAUACAGGAGGCGGAGAGCAAUCCUCUGUGCCGCCGGCUCCAGCUGAAGGACAUCAUCCCCACGGAGAUGCAGAGACUGACCAAGUACCCACUGCUGCUGGAGAACAUCGCCAAGUACACAGACGACAUCGAGGAGAAGGAGAAGGUGAAGCGGGCGGGGGAGUGCUGCCGGCAGAUCCUCAACUACGUAAACCAGGCUGUCAAGGAGUCUGAGAACAAGCAGAGACUGGAAGACUACCAGCGGAGACUGGACCUCUCAUCACUCAAGCAGAGCGAGUACCCCAUGAUCGAGGAAUUCCGGAAUCUGGACCUGACCAAGAGGAAAAUGAUCCACGAGGGGCCUCUGACCUGGAAGGUGAAUAAAGACAAGACAAUCGAACUGUACACGCUGCUGCUGGAGGACAUCCUGGUUCUGCUACAGAAGCAGGAUGACCGUCUGAUACUCAAGUGCCACAGCAAGAACCUGGCCGGCACUGCGGAGACCAAGCACAUCUUCAGCCCAGUCAUCAAGCUCAACUCAGUGCUGGUGCGGCAGGUCGCCACAGACAACAAGGCCUUCUUCGUGAUCUCCAUGUCUGAUAACGGGGCUCAUAUCUACGAGCUAGUGGCUCAGACCGUGUCGGAGCAGAAAACGUGGCAGUAUGUGAUCACGCAGAGGGCUGGCUCCAUCAAAACCAAACCGCUCAGUGUGAUUGCCUUACCUCAGCCAGCUUCACCCAUCAAUGAUGGGGACCGCGAGGAAGAGGAGGAGAUCAGCACCACCGGGCACCAGAAACUGAGCAAAGAGUCCGAGCGCAUCUCCACAGGCAGCAUCCAGUCCCCAGAGAAAGAUGUGGACGUCACGUCUCCAGUGGUUCUGCAGACGACCCUGUCGAGUCCUGCCCCCUUUGAGGUGCUCAAGCCUGGGGAGGGGGUGGAGGGGGCCAGCUUCCCGGAGUCCGUGCUGGACGAGCGACCCCCCUUCAUGCAGCAGCGCUCCCGCCAGGCCAUCGCCAUGGACGACGAGGAACUGGCGGCCUUCGACUUCCCUCCCUCCCCGUACAGGGCAGAAGAAGCCUUGAAGAACUUGAUGGCGCUGAAGCAGCUGCUGUUCAGUCACUUGUUACUGGAGGAGGAAGGCAGCGAGGAGGCUCACUUCCGACGCUGCUCUUCCACGGAGAGCAGCAGGGCUGUGUCUCAGCGAGGCUCCUUCGACAGCAGCAGCGUGGCCAGAGCCCACGAGCUGAGGCCAGACCGGGCUUCCACUGCCAGCGAGCCAGCCAGCCCGCGGAGCCCGGAGAACGGCCCGGAGAGGGAGGCGGCACUGGUGAACAGUGAUGGGGUCAAAGUGAGAGGAGAGGAGGCAGCGCCGGGGGAGCAGAUGGCAGAGCAGUUCAUCGAGAGCGCUGAGGGAUAUGCAGGAAGCUACCUGAUCCUGGAGGGGUGUGGGGCUGUGGGUGAGAGCAGCACAGACGAGGAUUUCCUUGGGGUCGCCGGGGAGCUGAGCCGGCGCCGAGGAUCAGCGGAGGAUUCUGCGAUUGACCUCAAGAAGCUCCUCUCUUCCUCCUCUUCCUCCUCCUCGCGACGGGUCUCCUCCAUCACCACCCCCGAGCUCAGCCGGCAGGUCAUGGCACACAUGGGGCUGCUCCAAGCCAACCUGCACCACCUCAAGGAGGUCGAGACCAGGUAUAAUAUAUUAUGCCAAAGGCUGGCUGGAUCAGCUUCUGACACAGAGGAGAACAAAGAAAAGAGUUAGUGCUGGCAACACCCCCCCUCCCCCCUCUCCACCCCCCACCCUUUGUCCUGCCCGAAGAGAUGAUGACGGGAAUCAGUGAGGGGUACGUCUGCGGCCCUUGAUACACCCCAGGGUGACCCCGGCACGGCCUGCCGCCAUCGAGGUGAGGGCCCGCCCCAUCCCUCCCCUCUGGAGUGGGGGGCAGGCAGGCAGGAGGAGCCCCCGAGCCCCCCCUUCACCUCCGUCUGCACUAGCCAAUUGGGGAAAGACUGUUCAACCAAACAGCUGCUGAUCAUUCCCUGCGUGUCUUUGCCUUGCUCCAGCACACCGCUGUUUUUAAAAUCAUUCUUCUGGUUUAUCAGUGAGCGAAAUGAAGGAGGACAAAGGAAUACCAAAUGUACAGAGCUUUUUUUGGGUGUAGGAAAUAUUAAAAAAAACAAAUUGUAUUUAGCAUAUCUUUUUUUUCUUCAAGAUAACAACAAAAUCAAGAUGUAUUUAUUUGACUUUUUUUCCCUGUUUUUGUUUUAAAAGCACAUUUUAACUUUUGUUUCGGUGAUGAUGAUGACAAUGCGUUUACCAGUUUUAGGACAGUUUGUAUUGAACUCCCUAUUUAGAAUGAACUUGCAUGCUAUUGGUCCUCCCAAACUCAAGGGGGCUGCCCUCUUUUUUGCCAUGCACUAAACAAAGGUCUAGCCCAAGGCACUAAACUCCGCUGCUGUGUAAAGAAAAGCAGUGCACCAUGCCCAGGAGUUGAAAGCAAAGCCCCCCAAUUUGAGACGGUAAAACACUCAGGCGCCCCUGUUUACUCUGUAGAGGGAGGGAGUCAUAAAUAAUAUGCCUUGAAUAAUAGAGACCCGUGUCCCUCAACUAGAGCAGACUGAACUGCAGUAGAUAAAUCCACACUAGCCAAUCCUAUUGAAAUGCCUACAAUGCGUUGAGUUGAAAGCAUGGGGGACUGCAAAGUAAAUCCGUUUUUGAUGACCUGUGGCUUCAACUCCCCUGUGCUGCUUCUGUAGUGGUAUGAUCCGUGCAGCAGAGGGGGACAGCAGUCCUGAUUGAUUUUCAAGGGCAUGCUUGAUCUCCAAGGUCAUCCUGGGGAGGGAAAAAAAAAGUUCUAUUCCAAAAACCACAGUGUCCCUCAAGGCUUCCCGUUCCCCAUUAAACACGGUAGCAGUCUGUGGCGCUUCUCUUGUUGUUAAAUGAGAAGAAUUCAGUUUGUAACUAAAACCUUUGCACUACAAGCACAGCACGAAAGCAGUUGUAACACUGUGGACUGUUUCAGUCCAGAGGAACCAGGCUUGCGCUCCUUUUUCCCUCCUGCUGGGCAUAACGCAGGCAACUUGUGGUUCUCCAGAGCAAAGCUAACAGAGUUUUCAGUUCCGAUCAGUCUAGCAAGCAGAACGUUGCUUUGUUUGUGAUAGAGUGGGUUCCCUCGAGCAUGGGUGCACUUGGUUUAUUGUAGCAGACCGACUACUAUUUAUAACGGGAAGAAUGUUUUCCAAGUUUGUGGUUUUUUUUUUUUUUUUUUUUAUGUAACCCGAGCCGAUUUUUAAAUAUUUUGUUUUGGCGCAACUCAUUGUCAGAAUGAAAUGUUUGAACUUCUUCUCCAAAUGGUGGUCUGUUUUAUAUAUAUAUAUAUAUAUAUAUAUAUAUAUAUAUAUAUAUAUAUAUAUAUAUAUAUAUAUAUAUAUAUAUAUAUAGACAGCAUUUAAUUUUAUUUUGCUAAGUUGUUUACAGUGUGAUCUCUUGGGAAUUGGCUCGCGUUUUUUUUUUUUUUAUUUUACAAAUGUGUUUACAGUGUUACUCUAGUCUCUUGAUACCAUGUACUGUACACCUGCCGUUAUCACCCAAGUACCCAGCCCUUGUAAUUACAGAAACUACUGUCUCCAGACUGUACCCUAACUGUGGAAUGUGGAGUGUGCUAUUGCGAAAUAACCCUAUUUAAAAAAAAAAAAAAAAAAAACCCAACAGUUUUUGGAAGUUGCUGUAGAGAUUUCUUGGGACUGGCUAGCAUGGGCGUGGUUGGAUAGAGGGCGGGCUGCAGACCGCACAGUAUGAGCCCUGCAUCUAGCAAUCGGAAUAUCCCUGCUUUGGAAGUUGCAUUUAAUCUAGAAGGCACACUGCAGGAUGAAGAUGAACCACAUUCAAAGCUCUUCUCUCCCAGCUCUGGACUAUUUGUGUUUUUUUUUUUUUUUUUUAAAGACGCAAAACUGAAUAAUUGUUGCAGAUUAUGGACGUCACGUACUAAGAGAUUUCUAGGGAAAAGAAAAAACGGAUGGAUUUUUCUUUUAAGUGUAAAAAUUGUAUAUUUAUUUGACCAAUAUCAUUGCAUCUCAAAACCUAUUCCUAACAAUUCUUUUGUUCUCCUUUCUACACCAUACAAUCAUUUACUCUUUUAACAGAGAUUACUAAAAAAAAAAAAAUAAAAAUAAAAAAAACUAUUUCUUAAACUAUUAAUGUAAUCUGUAUUUUUACUGAUCCUGUCUAGACGUUUGAGGCAUUAUUAUUAUUAUUAUUAUUAUUAUUAUUAUUAUUAUUAUUAUUAUUAUUCUUUCUUUGGUUCUUUGUUUAAGAUGUGUAAAAUAGCUCUUUUAGUUGAGAGAUUAUAUGUAAUUUGAGCAAAACAAUAUAUUGUUCAAGAAAAAAAAAGCAAGUUGAUGAAUUGUGUAUUUUUUGGGGGAUUCAGGGCUUAAAAAAAGUGUUUUAAAUAUCAUUAAAUAAGCUUGGUGGAACAGG